CCGCCUCCAUUUAAGGCGGGGACAACAACGAGGGCGGCAGUUGCUGUGGUUUCCGUCUUAGUUUUUAAGUUGUGGGUGUCCUGCAGUGACCCUCUGGGACAUAACGUCCCGCAUUGGGAGUUUCGGUGUCGGUGGUUAUAGAUCUGGGGGAGAUCGUGAGCUCAGCGUCCUUUUUUUUCGGACCAGGGCCGUCCCCCUGCCUUCGCCACUCGCUGCCCAGAUCUAGGUCGCCUGCCUCUGGCGCGGCUGAGAAGGCCGCUGGCGAGAUGUUCAAAAACACCUUCCAGAGCGGCUUCCUCUCCAUCCUCUACAGCAUCGGCAGCAAGCCCUUGCAGAUCUGGGACAAAAAGGUACGGAAUGGGCACAUCAAAAGAAUCACUGAUAAUGACAUCCAAUCUCUGGUGUUAGAGAUUGAAGGAACAAAUGUCAGCACCACAUAUAUCACAUGUCCUGCAGACCCAAAGAAGACAUUGGGAAUUAAACUUCCCUUCCUCGUCAUGAUUAUCAAGAACUUAAAAAAAUACUUUACCUUCGAAGUACAAGUACUAGAUGACAAGAAUGUACGUCGGAGGUUUCGGGCAAGUAACUACCAGAGUACCACCCGGGUCAAACCCUUCAUUUGUACCAUGCCCAUGCGGCUGGAUGAUGGUUGGAACCAGAUUCAGUUCAACCUGUCAGACUUUACUCGGCGAGCAUAUGGGACAAAUUACAUUGAGACUCUAAGAGUACAGAUCCAUGCAAACUGUCGUAUCCGACGGGUUUACUUCUCAGACAGACUCUACUCAGAAGAUGAAUUACCAGCAGAAUUCAAACUGUAUCUUCCAGUUCAGAAUAAGGCUAAGCAAUAACUGGAAAGCAACUCAAGGGAUAGACCCUGGAUUUGACUUAGUUUAAAAAGGAAACUAUCUGAAGGACAAUGCCAAAACCAAAUAUUUAUAUUAGUUUACUGUGCUACAGUUCUUUUAGCUACGACUCGGUGUCUCUUGUUGUGGGCACUUAGUGACCAGGGCAUAAUUGCAUUGUAUGUACAGUAAGGGAUAAGCUGUCCUUUGACACACGAAUGCUGGAGUUUAUCCUGCUGCCUCCCCAGUGUGUGGGGGAAGAUACAUUUACCAUGAACUUACAGAAUUAAAGAUGUCCCACAGGGAAAUUUCAAACCAAUAUUUCUUCCUACGGUUUGCUCUUUGUUUUAUAUAUUAUCUAGAUAUAUGUAUAUGUUGUGUAAUACUCAUAAUCUGGAAAUGAAUAAAAUGUUAAUAUUC